GAGGCGGAGGAGGUGGACCCGCGCGUGGGCGACGCGCUGGACGAGUUGAACGAUUCCAUGACGGAGUGCAACGGGUUGGAAAACGCGCUGCAAGAGGCGAGGAAGGCGCGCUCGAGGACGCAAACGGUGGCGAGAAAGAGACUGGAUUCGGUGGCGGCGAGGUUGUCGUCGAGCGUCAUGACGGCGGUGCCUGUGUUUCACAAGCGAGCGUUGGCGCAGCUGUAUCAGGUGCGAAGCAUCGAGGCGCUGCGGGCGUACGAGAGCGCGCACGACGCGCACGAACGCGCGAAGAAGCGGAACGAUGAGCUCGAGCGCGAGCUCGUGGCGAGUAGCGGUAAAGUAGACAUCGAGCUCAUGGAGGUGUGCGCGGAGGCCAUGCGCGAGGUUUCUGAGACGACGGCGGUGAAGCUCCGAGCGACCGAGGUGCACGAGCGCAACACGCGACGCGCCGUCGAGGCCACCGCCGAAGCGGCCGGUCUCGAGCGCGAGCGCACGAGCGCGGUGAAAAAGGCUCUCCCGUGGUUCAACGCUAAAGCUUUGGGCGAGGCGGAGUGCGCGCAGGCGGACGAACGCGUGAGCGAAUUAAAACUCGCCGUUCGCCAAGCCAAGGCGAGAUACGAAGCCGCGCUCCGCGCGUUGAACGAAAUCAGCGAGGAAGUGCACGCCCGUCGC